AUGUCGUGGUGUCGACCCAGAAGCUCGGAUAAGCUCAUUGGGCAGUUUCUUGGCUCUGGAUACGUGGUCAGGAACAAGAUGAUCAAACAUUGGGGGUUUAUUGGAGGAAUAGCUGCAGCAAUUGCAGCUGGUGUUUAUGUGCUGUGGGGUCCGAUAACCGAGAAAAAAAAACGGAAGAGAGGAAUGGUUCCAGGUCUCCUAAACAUAGGAAACACAUGCUUUUUGAAUUCUUUGCUUCAAGGGUUAGCAGCAUGCCCCUCUUUUGUCAUUUGGCUUGAGAGGUUUUUGCAAUCAACUCUGCCAUCCAGAGAAACCCAGCUAUCAAAAACUCUUCUAAAACUUCUUAAAGCGCUGUCAAAUGAUGAGCCCGGAGAAGAAGACGUACUUGAUGCUGGGUGCCUCCUAGAUGUUCUUAGAUUGUAUCGUUGGCAUAUCAGUUCAUUUGAAGAGCAGGAUGCCCAUGAACUUUUUCACGUUCUUACAUCAUCUCUGGAGGAAGAGCGGGAUUGUGGACCCAAAGUCACUCACUUAUUUGAUAUGCAGUCUCUUGAUCUUUUACCACAAAAAGAAGAAAAUACUAUUGCAUGUAGAAUUCAAGCUCCAUUGUAUCCGAUACCUAGUACUUGGAAAUUUCAGCAUCCUUUUCAUGGACGAUUAACAAGCAACAUGUUGUGCAAGCGAUGUGAACAUCAAAGCCCUGUGCGAUAUGACUCGUUUGACAGCCUUUCCCUGUCUAUACCUUUACCUCAGUGGGGCCGUCCAGUUUCUCUUGACCAGUGUCUACAACAUUUUAUAUCGUCAGAAACUAUUAAAGAGGUGGAAUGUGAAAACUGCACAAAGCUUCAACAAGUAACAGAGGUUUUAGAUAAUCAAAAAACCACUUUUUUCAAACAGCUGAAACUAGGAAAGUUGCCCCAAUGCCUCUGUAUUCAUUUACAAAGACUCACAUGGUCAAGUGAAGGCAGUCCUAUCAAGAGACAGGAACAUGUCCAGUUUUCUGAGUUCUUAUCAAUGGACCGCUACAAACACAGUACUUCAACACUGAAACCUCUGGCUAUCAAAUGCCCCCCUAAACCAUUGAAAAUUAUUAGUUUAGAAGAGGAAUGCAUCGUUAACCCCACUGCCAAUGGCACAGAAAAGCAGCAUCAUAACAACAACAAACCCAAGAACUGUUCAUCGGUACUUCACUAUUCUGCAAGCAUGAGACCCCAGCUCAAUCUUACGUGUGAAUUGGGGUCUGCAGAGUAUUUAUUCCAACUCACAGCGGUAUUGGUUCACCAUGGAGACAUGCAUUCGGGUCAUUUCAUCACAUAUCGCCGCAGCCCUUCAGGCCGCACUUCCUUGCCCUUCAGCUCUCAGUGGCUCUGGGUCUCUGAUGACUCUGUGCGCAAAGCAAGUCUACAAGAGGUUCUGUCUUCAAAUGCGUACAUGCUCUUCUAUGAAAGAGUACGAAGAAUAAACCUGGGAUUGCAUUCGGAUGAUUAG